UGAUUUUUUUUUACCUUUAGUUUCUAGCGACUGCAGCUGAUCCAGACUGUGAGAACUUAAAAAAUAGACGCGAAGAAAUGGAGCAAUGCUGCCAGGUGAAAAUGAUCAUCCCACUGGACGGGGCGGACGAUUGCUCAUCCACCGUUGACGAGACCUCCGAACCGCACGACAAAAUGAUGUGUCCGCUAGAAUGUAAGCUCAAAUCGCUCGGCCUACUGAACGGGGAAGACUUAGUGGAGGCCAAAGUACAGGAAUACAUCGAUCGUUUGGAGGGUGAUUGGAAGGGCACGGCCAAAACCAUCGCCACCGAAUGUAUCACCACCAUCACGGAGAUGAAAAAAAAGAUGCAGGAACGAGACCACGAUAUGAAAUGUUCCCCUGUUGGGGCUAUCUUUAUGAUGUGCCUGAUGAAGCAAACGCAAGCCAAAUGCCCGGAAGAUAAAUGGCAAAACACAAGCUUCUGCAACAAGAUGCGAAGUGGUGAAUGCUUCCCAAAGCGCGGCAGACAGUAGGGGCGGUGUCGGAGCAUGGCUUAAUCGGUGUAAAAAA